CAUUUUCCGCACUCUCUCUUUCUCUCUUUCUCACUCUCACAUCCACACUCGCACUGAUCUACAGUAUACACUCGACACACACGCUCAUAGCAGAGCUUGAGGUUCUUCGUCAAUGGAGCUACGUGAAGCUACUCUGUCUUGGUCAAACUCUAUACUUACAUCGUUUCACAUUUCCCAAUCCGUAUCUAUGUGUCGGACCAAGAAAUUUACUGUUCUGUGUCUCGACAAUGACAAAAAGGACGAUGGCUCCACUGAAUCUCAGAAGGAAAAUCAGAUGGUUGUAUCGAUAACAGGGGCGACAGGUUUUGUAGGUAGAAGAUUGGUCCAAAGGCUGCAUGCAGAUAAUCAUCGUGUUCGUGUUUUGACACGUUCUAGAUCAAAAGCACAAUCAAUUUUUCCUGUGCGGGACUUUCCAGGAAUUGUAAUUGCAGAGGAACCGGAGUGGAGAGAUUGCAUUCAGGGUUCAAAUGCUGUUGUUAAUUUGGCAGGAAUGCCUAUAAGUACAAGAUGGUCUUCUGAGAUCAAGAAGGAGAUCAAGCAAAGCAGGAUAAGCAUUACCUCCAAGGUAGUGGAUAUAAUAAAUGGAUCACAAGAUGAUGCCCGACCUGCAGUUUUUGUCAGUGCAACAGCCAUUGGUUAUUAUGGCAGUAGUGAAACUCAAGUAUUUGAUGAGCAAAGUCCGUCUGGAAAUGACUACCUGGCUGAGGUCUGUAGAGAAUGGGAAGCAAGGGCACUCAAAGUGAAUAAGGAAGUUAGAUUGGCACUCAUUCGCAUAGGUGUAGUUCUUGGAAAAGAUGGUGGUGCAUUGGCGAAAAUGAUCCCUCUUUUCAUGGUGUUUGCUGGUGGACCUCUGGGCUCUGGAAAACAAUGGUUUUCUUGGAUUCACUUGGAUGACAUAGUGAACCUUAUUUAUGAAGCUUUAUCAAACCCAUCUUAUAAAGGAGUUAUCAAUGGAACAGCACCAAAUCCAGUUCGACUGGCAGAGCUUUGUGAGCAGUUGGGGCACAUCAUGGGCCGGCCCUCAUGGUUGCCUGUUCCAGAUUUUGCUCUCAAAGCAGUUCUUGGUGAAGGUGCCAGUGUUGUUUUGGAAGGGCAAAGGGUACUUCCUCAGAGAGCUAAAGAGCUGGGUUACUCUUUCAAAUACCCCUUCGUAAAAGAUGCACUGAAGGCCAUUCUUUCAUCGAAGAGCUGAAGAUGACAUGUUUAUACUCGGUACACUUAUUCUUUAUUCUUUGUCUUGGAAAACAUCAAACUUCUUCUAACUUUGAAGGCAGAUCACUUAUGUUUUCAGGGCUGUCAGAUCAAGAGAAGCUGAGUAAUGAGUAUGUUUCUUUAUAUAGAAAAUUUGGUCUUCGUUGGUUUGAUUGAAGCAA